AUGGGGUUCCUCCAGAUCUGGGUGGAGGCGGGUGUUCCCGUCGCCGGAGAUGGACGGAGCUCUCCUGGUCCUGGUUUCCCUCUUCCUUUCACUCCAUCAAAGCACAUCGUGCUGUGCCACUGGCGCCGACGACGGCGCCGCACACAGCCUCUCCUCCUGCCUCAUCUCCCAUGGCGUCACGAACUUCACUCCCUCCCGACGUCUCCAAGCUACGCCACGGUCCUCAACUCCUCCAUCAGCAACCUCCGGUUCGCGCUCCCCGACGUCGGCAAGCCGGCCGCCGUCGUGCUCCCGGCGUCCAAGCGGGACCUCCAGGGCGCCGUCCUCUGCGCGCGCAACAGCUCGCUGGCGAUCCGCGUGCGCAGCGGCGGGCACAGCUACGAGGGCCUGUCUUACACGACGGAGAACCGCGUGCCCUUCGUGGUGAUCGACCUCGCCAACCUGAACCGGGUCCGCGUCGACGCGGGCUCGGCCACGGCCUGGGCCGAGUCCGGCGCGACGCUGGGCGAGCUCUACUACGCCGUGGGCCGGUCCAGCCGGUCCCUGGCGUUCUCGGCCGGGUCCUGCUCGACCAUCGGCCUGGGCGGCAUCGUCUCCGGCGGUGGCUUCGGGCUGCUGUCGCGCAAGUUCGGGCUCGCCGCCGACAACGUGCUGGACGCGGUGCUCGUCGACGCGGACGGCAGGGCCCUCGACCGGGCCACGAUGGGCCGCGACGUGUUCUGGGCCAUCCGAGGCGGCGGCGGCGGGAGCUGGGGCGUGGUGUACGCCUGGAAGCUCCGGCUCGUCCCGGUCCCUCGCAACGUCACUGUGUUCUCGUUGGGCCGGACUGGUCCGGUCGAGCUCAUCGCCGGGCUGAUUCACAGGUGGCAGUUCGUGGCGCCCAGCCUGCCCGACGACUUCUACCUCUCCGUGUAUCUCCCGACCGGCGGCGUCGGGUCGUCGUCGUCGUCGGAUGGCAACGUGUCCGUCUCGUUUUCCGGGCAAGUGCUAGGACCAAAGCACCGUGCUCUGUCAGCGCUGCGUCAAAGCUUCCCAGAGCUAGGGCUGACCGAGUCAGAGCUCGCCGAAACGAGCUGGCUGGACGCGACCGCGCAGUUCGCCGGCCUCGACACGGCGGCCGACCUUUCGAACCGCCUGUUGGGACGGUCGAAGCAGUACUUCAAGGGCAAGUCCGACUACGUGCGGUCGCCGAUCUCGCGGCGCGCCAUGGCGGGCAUCGUCCGGUACCUCUCCACUGGCCCGCCGCGGCAGGGGCAGGGGCAGGGGGCCGGGUACGUGAUCCUGGACCCCUACGGCGGCGCCAUGGCCCGGAUCGGGAGCAGCGACACGCCGUGCCCGCACCGCGCCGGGACCCUGUACGGCGUGCAGUACCAGGAGCCCCGGGCCGCGUACGUUAACUACCUGGACCUCGACCUCGGCACCAACAACUGGACCGCCUCAGUGGGAGGGUCGUCGGAGGCGGCGGUGGCACGCGCGCGCUCGUCGUGGGGCGUCGCCUACUUCGGGGACAAUUUCAACCGAUUGGUCAGGGCAAAGACGGCGGUGGACCCCGGCAAUGUGUUCAACAAUGCACAAAGCAUUCCUCCUUUGUAA